CAGAAAGAAGGACACGGUUCGAGGUUAGGGUUUGAGUCUCAACCACUCUUUCUUUAAAGCACAGUCUCACAUACCUCAUUGCCUUUGCUUUGUUCUCUCUCUCUCUCUCUCUCUCUUUUCUCUGUGUGUGUGCGUGGAUUGGUGAAUUUGAGAUUGAAGAAGAUGAUGCAGGCUGGACCCGGCGGCAUGGCCCAACAAGCGAACCAGCAAUACGCACAGCAACAGCAACAACAACAACAACAAGCCUACAUGAUGAUGCCGCCGCAGCCUCAGCCCCCUCAGAUGUGGGCCCCAUCGGCCCAGCCUCCGUCCCAAUCGGUAGCUCCUCCGCAACCCACCAGCGCCGAUGAGGUCCGUACCCUCUGGAUCGGCGAUUUGCAGUACUGGAUGGACGAAAAUUAUCUCUAUACCUGUUUCGCACACACCGGCGAGCUGGCUUCAGUUAAAGUCAUUAGGAACAAACAAACUAGUCAAUCGGAGGGAUAUGGGUUUAUUGAGUUUACUAGUCGAGCUGGUGCCGAGAGAGUCCUUCAAACAUACAAUGGCACCAUUAUGCCGAAUGGCGGGCAGAACUUCAGAUUGAACUGGGCAACUUUUAGUGCAGGUGAGAGGCGUCAUGAUGACAGCCCGGAUCACACCAUAUUUGUUGGAGACCUGGCUGCAGAUGUUACGGAUUAUCUUCUGCAAGAGACAUUUCGGGCACGAUAUCCUUCAGCUAAGGGGGCCAAAGUUGUAAUUGAUAGGUUAACUGGACGGACAAAGGGCUAUGGUUUUGUUAGGUUUGGAGAUGAGAGUGAACAGGUUAGGGCUAUGAGUGAAAUGCAAGGGGUUCUUUGUUCAACAAGGCCCAUGCGAAUUGGACCAGCCUCUAAUAAAAACCCUAGCACUCAGUCUCAGCCAAAAGCAUCAUAUCAGAAUCCUCAAGGGGCACAGAACGAGCAUGAUCCAAAUAAUACCACUAUUUUUGUUGGGAAUUUGGAUCCUAACGUCACGGAUGAUCAUCUGAGACAAGUUUUUGGGCAGUAUGGGGAGUUAGUUCAUGUGAAGAUUCCAGCUGGCAAGAGAUGUGGAUUUGUCCAAUUUGCGGACAGGAGCUGUGCAGAAGAGGCACUGCGGGUUUUGAAUGGCACACUUUUAGGCGGACAAAAUGUUCGGCUUUCAUGGGGCCGAAGUCCUUCAAACAAACAGGCUCAACCAGAUGCAAACCAGUGGAAUGGUAGUGGUGGUGGUGGAUACUAUGGAUAUGCGCAGGGGGGCUAUGAAAAUUACGGUUAUGCCCCUGCUGGACAGGAUCCCAAUAUGUAUGGCAGUUAUCCUGGCUAUGCAAAUUACCAACCACCCCAGCAACCGCAGCAAAUAGGAUAUAGCUAAGAAGUUGGGCCCCAAUUUUUCCGAUUUCUUCUGUAAUCCUAUGCUAUGCUAUGCUCGUUUUGGUUGCUUCUCUUUUAUUGUCUCGUGGAGAACAAACUUGCCUCAUCUUUUCUAGUUUCUUAUGAUUACUAAUAGCAUUUACAUUUUAUGCGAAUUUUAUUUGUUUGCUGAAUACUAUUUGGUGAACGUUAUCACAUUUGAUUGUUAUGUAUAAUUUGCAGUGCCCUCGACCUUGAGGGGGUGUCAUAGUGUUGUCUAGUGUAUAAUGCGUUAUGCAUGCAAUAUUGUGACGAGAUGCAGAGAGACUGUAAUCGAGCUUUUAAAUAAUGUAUAAACUAUUACAAGUCA